AUGGCGGCGGCCGCGGCCGGAGCACGAAGAUCUUGGUGUGUGCCUUGCCUAGCUUCACUUGAUACCCUUCAGCAAUUAUGUAGAAAGGAAAAGCUCACAUGUAAACCGAUUGGAAUCACCAAAAGGAAUCUAAAUAAUUAUGAGGUGGAAUACUUGUGUGACUGCAAGAUAGAAAAGGAUAUGGAAUAUUACCUCAUAAAAUGGAAAGGAUGGCCAGAAACUACAAAUACUUGGGAACCUUCAAGAAAUCUCAAAUGUCCAUUACUUCUUGAACAGUUUUAUAGUGACCAGCGUGAUUAUGUGUCUCAGUUGAAGCAAGGAAAAUCAGUGAUGUUGAAAAAUGAUAUCAAAAAUUUGAAGCCUACUGUUGCCGAGUAUGUUGUAAAGACUAAGCAAAGGGUAGCUCUGCAGAGAUGGCAAGAAGAGCUUAACAGAAAGAAGAACCAUAAAGGAAUGAUCUUUGUUGAAAAUACUGUUGAUCUGGAAGGUCCACCUUUAGACUUUUAUUACAUUAAUGAAUACAAACCUGCUCCUGGAAUCAAUUUAACAAAUGAAGCCAUAGUUGGUUGUAUGUGCACAGAUUGCUUCUUUGAGAAGUGCUGCCCUGCAGAAGCUGGAGUUCAUUUGGCUUACAAUAAAAAAAGGCAGAUAAAAAUCCAACCGGGCAUGCCAAUCUAUGAGUGCAACUCACAGUGUAAGUGUGGGCCUGAUUACCCCAAUAGGAUUGUUCAGAAAGGUACACCAUAUUCCCUUUGCAUCUUCAGAACUAGCAAUGGCCAUGGCUGGGGAGUGAAAACCCUUGUGAAAAUCAAAAGAAUGAGUUUUGUCAUGCAGUAUGUUGGAGAGGUUAUCACAAGUGAAGAAGCUGAGAGACGGGGGCAACUCUAUGAUAAUAAAGGAAUCACGUAUCUCUUUGAUCUGGACUAUGAAUCUGAUGAAUUCACAGUGGAUGCAGCUCAAUAUGGAAAUGUGUCUCAUUUUGUGAAUCAUAGUUGUGACCCAAAUCUUCAGGUGUUCAAUGUCUUCAUUGAUAACCUUGAUACUCGCCUUCCUCGAAUAGCACUGUUUUCCACAAGAAUGAUACAUCCUGGAGAAGAGCUUACUUUUGAUUAUCAGAUGAAAAGUUCUGGAGAUAUGUCUUCAGAGUCUAUUGACCUCAGCCCAGCCAAAAGGAGGGUCAGAACUGUGUGCAAGUGCGGAUCUGUGUCUUGCAGAGGUUACCUCAACUAA